AUGGCCUUAGUCACCAAUCCAACAUACCUCUUGGCUCCAAACUGGAAUUAUCAGCUAGACGGGCCAAUCGCGCUCGGCAGUAUCGUAGCCGACCCCUUCAAGCCACACCGGCCCCUCAGCAAGCCUACCACCGAUGCCCCGAUUCCAAAAACCGAGCAUUCAGUGGAGCAUAACUGGAAGACAGAGACAGAGAAGCUCCGCGAUGUCAACGUCAGCCUAUGGGCACAGGUUCUUAACAUUGCCAACCUCAAUAUCGGCGCCCGUCGCAGCAAGACAACGACAAUCACGUUCGAGAUGUCGCAGCUUGAUACCGUCUACUUCGGCGAAGAUCCAUCGAGCGAAAACAUAGCAUUGAGGGCGAGGGAUGCGCGCGUCAAGACUGCUUUGAAAAUCGGCAAUCGGUUCCUUCGUGGUACCGUCUACAUGGUUUCAGGCCUCAAGAUCGCCCGCGGCUUCAAACUAACGCAAUCAAACGCGACCGAGAGAGGAGGGCAGAUUGGGGCUGGUGGAAUGGUGACACCAGAAGUAAGCGUCGGUGGAAACUUGGAUGUCACCACAGGCAUGAGCAGAACCACCGGAUCCGAAGCGGGUCAUGAUAUCAUAUUUGCCUACCAGCUAUUACGGAUAACGACUAAGGGAAAGGGUGAAAAGCUGACAUUUGAGCUGGAUGAAUUCCAGGAUGAUGCCGCUUUCCUCCACGACAACGACAUCAAUGAUGACGAGGACGCCGGCCCGGAGGUGGAGAUAACCGCUGUGCCACCAGCUGAAUUGGCCGAAACCCAGAGGGGCAUGACAGUCAAACCUGAUGAUGACCAGUACGCUUGGUUAUUCUGCAGCUAA